AUGCCUGCAACUAGGUUGUCUGCUGUUACUUUCAAAGUUGGUCCCCCUGUUGGUGCCCAGAGGUCAAAGAGAGUCACUGCCAUUCCAAAACCAUAUUUGAAGAAUACUGGGCAAUCAACCUCUCCCAUGAGUGCCUAUGUAUAUGCAUCUCAGGCCCCCUCUCUGAAGGCCAGUGGAAUGUCCCAUGAUAGCUUCAGAGGCCACUGUGGGAUGUCCCAUGAUAGCUUUAGAGGCUACUGUGGGACAUCCCAUUCCCUGCUCUGGAGGCCAUUGGGAUGUCCCAUGAUAGCUUCAGAGGCUACCAUGGGACAUCCCACCCUCCUCCCUGGAGACUGA